AAUAACCCGGUGUAGGCAUUUCGUGCAUCGAGUUGCGAGAGACGAGCUAGCCGGCGAAACGCACUUAAAUCUGUGUCAGGUUACUCUUUAUUCCUCCAUUUUCCGUCCCUCGUUCUCGCUGCGCUUUUCCCUCCUUCUUCAUUUUCCCUCCUCUUUAUGUACGUCGUAUAUACCGUGAGAUUCGAAGCUCGCGGAUGGCGUUUCCCCCGGGGUGUCGAGAUUCGCGCGACGUUAGGGUAACUUGGUAACGCGAUACUAGAGCAGCUCCCCGACGCUCUGUAUAUAGCUGGGUUUUCUCCUCGUUGCUCUCUCCCCUCCUCUCUCUUGUCUCGUCUAUACAAUCUCUUCUUCUACGCGCCACCCUCUCCGCUCGGAACCCUCGCGUGCACACCGGGUGUCCCUCUCGAGAUACGCAAAAUUUACCUUAUGCAUGUGCUGCCCGCAAACCUACCCGCCCGUCGUAAAGAAAAAAUUGGAACUCGCGCGCGGGAUGUUCAUGUUCUAUUCAUCUCGAUCUGGUAAAUUUACGCAUGCAUACCUAGGUAUGUGAUAUCGUACGUACAUAUAUUUAUGCACUACACAUGGACCUGGUGCACCUAUUUCUAUGUACUAUAAAUGUGUGCGAUGUGGAGAGACGAUAUAGAGGAGCCAGAAGGAUUGGAAGAGAACCUGCGCCUGCGUCACUUCCCCGGGGCCGAAACAAGCCCGUGAUAUCAGUCUUGACUCAGCUUCCUCCGCGGUAAAUACCGUGAUAACCGGUUAUCAGGAGAUGUACGUUUGAUCGUCGGUUGUUUAUCUCGUGUCUGAAGGAAAAAAAAGAGUAACUAUAUAGUUUCGCGACAGGUGAAACAGGGGCGGGAAAAUUACGUUCAAUUUUACCGUUCGAUUUUUAUCAGUGCGUCGUUCGGGCGAUAGUUAUUAAAAUAGUUGAAGUAGGAUUCACAUUUGUGUAAAUUUUUGAAUUUUGACCCGAGUAAUUCAAAGUGUUCCAGACGAAUAAGUUGUGAAAAAAUGAUGUGCGGAUCUCCAACGAACACAGAGAUUUGAAGGUUCGAUGGAUGCGUGUUUUUAAUAGAUGAUUUUCAAAGUGAAUGACAAAAUAGAUGAAAAAAACAAGCGUCAGAGCUUCGAGAUACGAGGAUUUGAAGUGUGGUGAAAUUGAAAUGACUUCGGUAACGUCAACCGCGUGUAAAGUUGCGGGGCAUUUAUUUUCCCGGUAACUGGAGGAGCGCGGGGGCUUCGGGAUAAAGACGUUAUAACUUUUAUCCGUGAUGUGUGGGCUUAAGGGUAACGAGCAACAAAAAGUAGUGAGGGUUUGAGUUUUCACGAGGAAAUGUCACUUAUCUUUGAUAAUGUGCUUUUAUCUCCGACGAUUCUGCAGAACUUUCGGAGUCGUUGACGUCACAGAAUUUAAAUUCAAAUAUCCACCCGGGUCUCAUUUCCGCAAUCAAGUGAAGAGGUGAUAGUUCGGAGUCAAAUGUCGCUCUGAUCAAAGUUCGGAAUAUUAUUCGUUUCUCGCAAUGAUAUUUAUCACGAACGAUAAGCUUAGUCCGUCGGAGUGACCUUCGGCGGUGUUCUGUUUUUUUUCGAUGUAACCGAGUCGAAGGAGAGACAGUUUUUCGAUUACAUUCUAUAUAGAUAGAAAAUAAUCUGGAAUUGUUAUCAUUGGUUAUUCUUCAUCGAGACGAUAUAUAUUUAAAUGAAAGUUCUACGAGGGUCAUUGUCGCCCCGGCGGUUAACUGGAAUGAAUAAUUAACAACCCUUAAAUGUGUUUCGCGGAGCGACGGGGUGUGAAAAUAUAAACCGACCCUCGCGAUGUAGAAUCAUUUAUCAUUAAAUAUAAGUCAACUGUGGCUAAUGAAUUUCUUAAAAGAUUUAUUUUUUAAGUGCUUCGAAGAAGCCGUCUUCUGUUGGCAGUGUAUUAAAAUUAACAAAGUGCUGCAACGAUCCUUACAGUGAGAUGGGGAUUGUUAAGGUGAAAAUGGGUUGGCCGCAAGGCUAAUCCACAGUUAAUGUAAUCAAAUAAUAUCUUACAUAUUAUUCAAUCGAGUGUUUUUAAAAAUCAUAUCCCGACGACCGUGUGAAUAACGGCGCCGGAUUUUUAAACUGAAAAUUCAGUCCACUUGUUUUAUUGUCCGUUAAAUUAUAAGCUGAGCAAAAUGAGAAGCUUUUUGCUGAUCAUUGGACUCAUAUUUGCCGGACCAGCCUGGUGUACCGGGGACGACGACGAUCGCGAGGACGAUUUUGUCCCCCUGGAUCGAGGUCCGUACUUCGACAUCUCAGCGUCCAACAACGUCACCGCACUAGUUGGACAAACAGCGGUACUCAAUUGCCGGGUGAAAAAUUUAGGAAAUCGAACGGUGUCAUGGGUACGUCACCGGGAUAUCCAUCUUCUCACCGUUGGUCAGGACACUUACACGGCGGACGGGAGGUUCCAAGCCACCCAUUUUCCCCAAACCGAGGAUUGGACGCUACAAGUCAAGUUUCCACAGCGUCGGGACUCGGGGACUUACGAGUGCCAAGUUUCCACGACUCCACCCAUCGGACAUUCGAUGCACCUUUCGGUUGUCGAGCCGGUGACGACAAUUAUCGGAGGUCCGGAAAUGUACAUAAACCGUGGGAGCACAAUGAACCUCACCUGUGUGGUCAGACACAGUCCGGAACCACCGCCAGCCAUCUAUUGGACGCACAAUCACGAGGAAAUCAAUUACGACAGUCCUCGUGGGGGUGUUUCCGUAAUAACGGAAAAGGGGGAAAUCACCACGUCUUAUCUUCUGGUGCAGAGAGCGCAACCGGCGGACAGUGGUCGAUACACCUGCCACCCCAGCAACGCGAAUCCAAAAACAGUUCUCGUCCACGUGCUCAACGGUGAGCACCCAGCGGCAAUGCAACAUGGCGGACAGCUCAAACUCGCGAAUCCACCGUUCGUAAUAUUCCUCGCCUCUCUUUUGGCGUUUCUAAAUAUACAUUGAUAAUCGAUUACGUUUUUUAAUGAUACAAAUUAUCAUUUACAAAUACAUAUAUAUAUAUAUAUACUAUAAAUACAUCACUUAAUACAAUAUACAUAUAUUAUACGCAUAUACAUUAUAUAUAUAUAUAUAUAAACACCGUUACACCUAUACAUAAUCACAUGACUAUAUUAUCAUUUGUCCCAUUAUUUAUAUUAUUAUUAUUAUUAUUAUCAAUAUCAUUAUUAUCAACCUCGAUACGAUUAUAACUAUUGUUACAGCAUCGCAAAUAUUAUUGAUCGCGGGUACACAUAGGUAUUUACAUACGUCGUGCAUAUUAUAUGAUCAUCGUUACAUGUGGUAUAAUUUGUUUAAUGAACAAAAAAGAAAGGAUUUAUUGAACUGUUUGGAAGAAAAAAAAAAACAUUAUUUUCUAUCUACUCAUCUAUUAUUAUUAUACAUAUGUUGUUAUUGUUGUUAUGUAUACUGUGAUCGAUAUGGUAUAUAUAUGAUGAUGAUGAUGAUGAUGAUGGUGGUGGUGGUGGUGAAAAGCGCGAGUGAAUUAAAUGUGUAUUUAGUGCUGCUAAUUAAUCAAAAUGGUGGCCAUAACGAAUAAUCGGUGAGAGUGAAAUAAGGAGAGAAAGAGAGAGAGAGAAAAAGAGAGAGUGGAAGAGAAAGGAAAUUUUCAAUUCGUUCUGGCGAGGAAAAUUCAAUAGAAAACAGAACAAUUAGUAAAUAUGGACAAUCGUUCGACUUUGCAUUACCGCGACAUAGGCAUACAUAUUACAUGUAUGUGCGCCGUAGAAUGAAAUAUUUCGAAAUGGAACGAUGAAAAAAAAUAAUAAUUAAGCAUUAUAUAUAUAUCUUUUCAAUUUUAAAUCAAAUAAUAUGAAUUAAGAAAAGGGGGAAAAAAUUAUAUAUAUACAUAACAGAAACAACUAAAUAGGAUAAAUCGUACAUAAUAUAUAUGUAUAGGUCAUGUAUAUUUUGUUGUUAUACCAUUACAAUAUUACAUUAUAUAUAUGCGCGACUACCGGGCGCGGUUGAAAGACUAAAGAAAAAAAAAAAAAAAAGGUUGAACAAGAAAAAAGAAAGAGAAAAAAUUAGGAAUAAAAUAAAAACGCUACGAAGGAGAAAAAAUUCCGAAAACGAAAUUGUACAUAUAAAUAUGCAUAAAGCACCUAAAUAUUGUAUAUGUAUAGCGAGAAGCCACUGAAUUUUUAAGGGAGUGAUAAGACGCCCCUAAAAGUCUCGAUAAGACCAGGGGUGUUUUUACCAAACUGAAACCCCUCGCCAUAGAGUAACGUAAAAAAAAAAAAAAAAAAAAAAUCAAACGAACCAACGAAAAGAAAAAAAAAAACCCGAACUCCUUUCCUUUCACAUCCCCUUCUUCUUUCGGCGUUCCUACCUUUCCACCUUUCUUUCCUUUCCGGCCGUCUUUAUCUCUGGCCACGCCGACGCCGACGCCGACGCCGACGCCGACGCCGACGCCUGGCUUCUAUCGGUAUACUAUACUUUGGUACAAGGUUAUCUCAGAUCUUUCGCAAAGAAGGGGCCUACCUUUCUCACCCUUCUCACUAUAUCCAACCUAAACUAACCACCUUUCCUACCACCUGACACGAGUAAUAUAUCUUCGGAAGUACAUCCUUGUGUCUAUAUAGAUAGAUAUACAUGGUACACAUAACCAAGUGAAAUAUACACGGAUAUCUAAUUACGUAUAAUAUGUAUCCGCAUCAAUUUGUGUCUGUGUAUACCGCGCACGAAGUGUGCUACGUGUUCCAUAUGCCACACGUGUAUAUUCUACUACCCACAUCAAUUUUGUGGUGGUUCUUAAUUCGCGUGUUUUCCAUUUCUAAGAGAUUAAAACCUGACCUCGAUAAGCUCGGUGCGCAGGUUACAAUUCAGAUUUUGAAAAUUAAAAACCAUGUGUAUUGGUCAGUUUUUUUUUUUUUAAACGGAAAGGGCGGUUUUGAUCGAUUUCUUUAUUCGAAUUUGUGGCAGUUGUUAUCUUUUUUUUUCCCCCCAAAAGUCUGCCGAGUACCAGAAGAAUUAAUCCGAACUCGAUCGAUCUGAUCCAUUUGGUACCUUGGGUCCCCCCAGGCAUUCACAUUAUAGGUAUAUAUAUUAUACGGCUGAAAUAUUUCGCAUGCUGCGGAAUCCGAAAUAUUUGAAGAAUUUCUCACCGUAUAUGAAAUAUUAUAGCGUCUGCGGCGGCUUCUAUAGGUACGACGUUUUCUACGAGUGGCAAUUAACGAUGCGAAACAAAUACGCGGUGGUUCGAGUUUUUUUUUUUUCCAAUAUCUAGUAAAACGAAAAAAGAAAGAAUAAUUAAUAAAAUUACAAGGGCUGUAUUGCCACCAAAAAAAAAAAAAAAAAAAAUCGUUCUCAUUGCACGAUGUUUUAUUUCAUGACUUAAAAAAAUUCUGAACUUUCAAUCACUUGGAAUUCGGAAAAGCUUUCGUUCCGGAUCAUCUGAAAUUAAAGUUGUACACCCUAUAACCGCACACCAAUCUGCAGGAUGGUCCGAGUCGUUAAACGUUUUUACGCCUUGAUUGGUUCUUCCUUUUCUUUUUCUCCUUUCAAAGGUAAGAGGGUCGGAUAUGAGUGACUCGGAGGUUAAAAUAGUCUUCGAAGCAAAAUAAUAUUGGCUGGUUCAUCUGUUUUUUUUUCCACCGAGUUUCUUUUUUCUUCAUUUUUUACCCGGUCAGGGUAUGAGUAUACAUAUAUAUAUAUAUAUAUAUAUAUAUAGGUAAAAGUAGUCGGCUAGACGCUUUGAACCGCCAUUGAAAUGUGAAAUUUUAUACGAAGGGAUAAAGUUCGAGAAAUUUUGAUUGAGCAGGUAAACGGUUGAAUGAAACUGACUAUGUAAUUGGAUAAUCCUUCGAUCCUUGUGAAAUACCUAUAAUAUAUGCACAAUAUUCUUGGAAUGCCAUCCCUGAGGAAACGUUUUUUUCUCCUUCUUCGUUUAAUUUCAUUCCUGGAUGUAACUUCAAAGAAAUUACGAGCGCGUAAUGUUGAAUGUAGUAACAAUAAUUUCGAUUGCGGUCUCCUUCUUUUCUUCUUCCAUCCAUCGCAAUGUCGACGAAAAAUGAAGUUUCAAACUCGAAAAACACAUUCGCCGUAGUAGCCGUACAUAUUGCAAGGGUUGAAAAUCUUCAGUAGGGGUCUAUUCAACGAAAAUUUCACUUACACGACCCCCGCUUUCAAUUAAAAUCCAAACUCCGGUCGGACACACCGAUUUCGGUUUUCAUAGCCCUCGAUACUUACCUACCUACGAACUAUCACGACGAUUGCAAAGCGAGGCCCCUCCUCUUAUCUGACUACUAAACAUUUUCACGUAUCUUUGAAAUUACGAGGUAAAGUCGUGAUGCCGAGACACUUAACUCGGACCACCCGUCGCGGCCUGUGGGUAGAUGUAAAGAUCUCUGUGCGCGCGUGUGCGUGUGCGAUAAUAAGUGGGGUAGAUGUUGAUACACACGUACACGCGUGAAUACGCGCAUACAGUUGCGCACAAUAGAUAGAGAAACAAGCGCAUUCGGUGGCGGGGGUGCGAGCGGGAGCGGUACUUGGACCGUUAUACAGUUACCAACUACCCUUACGUGCUAACCUUUACUUAAAGCGCGGUAGCUAAAGCCAGCCUAACCCCGGAAGAUAAGCACCGUAGGUACGGGUACCUAUGGUACCCUAUACCUUUACGAGGAAGAAGGUAACCUUUGCACGCUAUUUCGUAUAGCUAAUAGACCCAUAUACAUAAAUUCACAUCUAAGUGCAGUUUAGCUUAUAAUGGUCGAAGGUACGAUUUCUUCUCCAUUAAUGACCUCUCUCUCCGUGGAAGUGGAUGCCGUCGCACCGAUACCCAACCGCGCUCACCUAUACCAUGGAAUGCCUAUACCAACACCACCCUCUACGACGUAAUAGUACAGCUAAAACUCCGCGUACGACGAGCGUUUAAACAACGCGCGUUAAACGAUCUCCACAUUCGAGUUGUACACGGCCAAUUAUACGCGCUUAAGCUAUCUUCAUUAUCAUCCGACCGGGUUGUAAACGUAAAAGACACCGCGGGCCAUGGGGCAGGUAUUUACACUCGUUUCGCACAGUCGUCUCCUUUUUUUUUUUUGUUAUCGGACAUUUUUUUUUUCACACAACGUUCGCCGCAAGGUUUAAGAAAUUGAAUUUCGAUAGCGUCAUUUGGUGUAGAUGUAAUAUAGCGUGUAUCGUUAACGAACGUGAUAAUUGAAUAUCGAAGUCGCGUGUAUCAGGGGCGUCUGUCACCAAAUAAUCUUUAUGCAAAGUAUAAUCAAAUUGUAACGAUAAUUUGUAAAUAUAAUUGAUAUAUUUCGAAAUAUACAAGGAACUAGGUUAUCGAAGGUAAUAUAAUUAUGUUUAAAUAAUAUAGCUCUGUAUGUAUACGUAUGUAUAUGUACGGGGUGAGUCUCUUCCACAUUCCGUGCGGAAGGGGAGGAGCCUCAUUCGAUUUUCUUACCCGGUAGACGCGCCGCACGUGCGAAAAAUAGGGAGACACAGAGAGAGAGAAAAGUCGAUCGAGCUACUCCCGAUCUCGGAGUUUGGAAAAAACUCACCCUGUACAUGUUUAACGAUUGGCGAAAUAUUGAAAUGUCAAGACUAUGUAACGGGCGGCCUCGGAGCUUCGAGAAGCGCUCGAUCUCGAGGGCGAUCGCGGGCUCUGGGGCCCCCUCGUUUUACCGGAGGUAAAAAAUGAGAAAAUAAUUAUGAAAAAUGAGGAGAGAAUAUAUUGUAUACACAUACUCGUGGUAUCAUAUACAUGCAUAAGUGUAGGGGAUUUUUGUGACAAUUCCGUGAUUCGGCAAAUUCUUAUUUUGUCCGUGAGUGCAAUUUUAGAUACAUAAAAAUUGAUCCGUCUACGAUGUUUUUUUUAGCUUCGGAAAAGUGAGAAGGAGAACGGCCGAAUUGUUGCGAAAAUCCCCGCGCAAAAGAAAGACGUGCGAAACGGGCACUUCGACCGAAAUUCGAAGGGGCGGUCGACCAGACUCAUUUUUUCUACCAUCUUAACGUUUUUCGAAUCGAAAACGUACGAGGAGAAACAAUUUACUGUACAUAAGAAAGAUCCUCGGAUUGUCUUCAGCUCGAAAAUGGGGGAAGAAAGAAGUUUGAAAAAUUUUAAGUUACUCAAAAAAGAUUUUUGAUCUUCGGCCUUCGUUUCUGUAUCCGGAACGAUCGAAUCGAUUUCUACAUUUUCUCACUCGCACGUUCUCGGACGGGAAAAAACCUCGGAAGCUCACGAGUAAUUACAGUAAUUAUCAACGUCGUUGGAUGAAAAUUUUUUAACCCUCGGUGCCCUUUUUUCCGCCCCCAUUUCUUCUUUUCCGCUGAAUUGCCGGUUUCGCCGUCUCUCCGUUACAAAGUAUAAAUUAAACGUGCGUAAUUAUAAUUUCAAAAACUCGAUUAAAAAUCAUAGGAUAUGAUAUGUAAAAUGUAACGAAGUGUAGACUUGUUAUAGAGAGAUACACGAAAUAUUGUAUCCCGAGAAGACCUAUUAUACCAAUAAAUACGUGGACACCGCGAGAUUCGAAACUUCUACGAUGUUUCGCGACGAACGAACGGAACUUUAUACGCGCAUAGACGCACGCGUGCGUGACGCGUGCGUCGUGUUCGAAGGUGUUGCGUGAUUAUUUUCACGGUAAAUACGUAAAUACCACGGAUCGCGCAACGCUCGAGGAACACCGUCAACGACGAAACACACGUCAUCUUCCGUCGCGUCUGCUGGUUCCCCGGACGAGAGGAGGCGACAUGUGCGCCGAACGACGAGCGACAACCGACGAGCGACAAGCGACAUGGGAGCAACUGAGGGAAUAAUUAAUGGGUGAUUAUAAACGGUACGAGUUGACGGAAUAAAGCUAUAUAACGUACGUGUUAAAA